AUGUUGUUACAUUGGCUGUCUUUUGCAUGCGUGACGGCUGUUAUCACGGCCUCGGCGAUCCCUGCCCGAGACCCCCCUACCAGGGUCAUUCAUGAACGCGCUGAGACAUGCACUCCGAAGGCGGGAGGCAGCGCGUCCACCGACGACGUACCGGCGCUGCAGUCGGCCAUCACUAGCUGUCCGUCCGGGACUAUUCUGAUCCCGGCGUCGACGACGUAUCAUGUCAACUCGGUUUUCGACGUCAAGGGAUGCUCGGGUUGUACGAUUCAGCUCGAGGGCACGCUGCAGAUGGCUUCCAGCACGGAUACAUGGAACGGGCAGGACGCACAGAUUUUAGUCGACGACAUUACCGGCCUCAACAUUGUGUCGUCGAGCGGCUCCGGCGUCAUUGACGGCAAUGGACAGGCCUCGUGGGAUCGCUUCGCCGAGGACUCGUCCUACGACCGGCCCACCAUGCUGUACAUUGCCGGGUCGUCGAGCGACGUGGUCGUGCGCAACGUCAAAAUGACCAACGCGCCCAACGUCUUUGUGUCGGCCACGAGCGGCACCAGCAAGAUCCAGCUCUCGAGCCUGGCGCUGAGCGCCGUGUCCACCAGCGACAACCUGCCCAAGAACACGGACGGCUUCGACAUUAGCGGUUCCUACGUCACCCUGGACGACAUCUCCAUAGUCAAUGACGACGACUGCAUCGCCUUCAAGCCGGGCGCCAACUAUGUGACGGCGACCGACAUCACCUGCACGGGCGGCCACGGCAUCAGCGUCGGCAGUCUGGGCAGCAAGAGCGGCGCCACCGACACCGUGUCCAACGUCUACGUCGACGGCGUCACCAUGGUGGACACGACCAAGGCCGCGGGCAUCAAGCUGUACCCGGGCGGGACCGCCCACGGCACCGCCGUCGUGCGCAACGUGACGUUUGCCAACUUUGUCGUCGACGGCGCCGACUAUGCCUUUCAGGUGCAGUCGUGUUAUAACGAGGACGCCGACUACUGCGCCGCGUCGCCCAGCACGGCCACGCUGACGGAUAUCGUCGUCUCGGGCUUCUCGGGGACUACGAGCGAUAAAUAUGAGCCGACGGUGGCCAAUAUUGAUUGCCCGGCAGACGGCACGUGUGAUAUUACCAUGUCUGGCAUGACUGUCAAGGCGCCCUCGGGAACGGGACGGUAUCUAUGUGCAAACACUCCUAGCAAUCUCGGCGUUACAUGCACAUCUGGCGCAAGUGGUUAG